AUGGAUGGACUUUUAUUAGAUACAGAACAAGUUUACAAAAAAAUGAUAACACAAUUAUGUGCAAAAUAUGGACAUAAAUACACAGAUGAGCUGAUGAUGAAAGUCCUCGGUGGUACUGAGCAGCGAUUGUCAGAAAUCUUGUGUAAAGAACUAAACCUUCCUAUAACACCUAUGGAGUUCCGUGACCAGUUAUUAGAGCUUGGAGAUACAAUGCUGGCCAACACACCCCUGAUGGACGGAGCAGAACGAUUGAUAACCCACCUUUAUAAAACGAAAGUACCCUUCGCUCUUGCAACGUCAUCCAGCGCUCGAUCAGUUGAAACGAAGAUAGCAGCGUACAAAGAUCUAUUUAGUCAUUUUCAUCAUAUGGUAAUGGGCAGUACAGAUAAGGACGUUAAGUAUGGGAAACCUCAUCCGGAUAUCUUCUUGGUGACGGCUGCACGAUUCCCUGACAAACCAGAACCUUCUAAGUGUUUAGUAUUCGAGGACUCUCCACACGGCGUAACGGCAGGCGUGAAAGCCGGUAUGCAAACCGUCAUGGUGCCUGACCCGCAUCUCAAUAAAAGACUGACUACCCACGCGACCAUAGUGCUACCAACUCUAUCCAAAUUCCAACCAGAACUCUUCGGAUUACCCGCCUUUCAGUGA